UUCUGUUCUUGUACCUCAGAGAUCAACUAUGUGUAGAUGGGCUUUCAUUUCCCUGUGUUUCAUCGCACAUUAUGAAGUGUGCAGAGGACAAGACAAAGUUGAACAGCCUAUAAGAGAAAUAACUGAAGGUGAAGGAGCUCAUGUUUUUGUCCAGUGUAAUUAUACUUCAUCAAAUCCAACACUCUUCUGGUACAAACAGCUGCCAAACAGAUCACCAACAUUAAUUCUGAGUCAAUACAGCGCUGAGGCUGAUAAGAAGAGAUUCUCAGCAACACUGAACUCCAAAGAAAAAUCAUUUCCACUGCUGAUCCAGGAUCUACAAGUAUCAGACUCUGCUGUGUAUUACUGUGCCCUGGAGCC